UGCUCUCCUCUUCAUCUGAGCGUCCAAUAUAUACAUCCACAGAUCUGUUGAUACAACCACAAAGUCAAUCAAUGAUCAUUGGCCAAUGGGGUUCUUGUAUCCUUGUUCUUGUGAACAACCUUAAACUUGGACAACCAUGGACUUUGUUAUGGCCAGUCCAAUUACAAGGCAUCACACAGGUUACAAUCAGGAAGGCCCUUCCUCACUAAGCUUAGCUCCACAUAGCUUAGACUUCAUUCAAAAGCUAGCUCUGCAUAAGUGAUACAACUGAUUUUUAUAAAAGUGCUCCCUGACUCCAUAUGUCUCUUCCCCAACAGAUGCAAUGCCACCGAGAUCAUGAUGCUCUCAUCCCGAAGCCUCGUGGGAAUUUGCCAAAGGUGUGUGCAGCAGUGCUAUCUGCCAUAACAGUGGGCUGCAUCAUGUUUCUGUCUCCUGAAAGGUUAUUUGGCUGGAUUGCUAUGGUAAUACUCAACCUGACGCUUGGCCCUCUGCUGCACGGGCUCUUUCUGCUGGCAGAGGAGAUGCUGUAUCAUUCAAACACAAGGUACAGAGGUAGAGGGCUGCUGAAGCAUGUGCUUCCUGCCUGUGGUUUGGAGGUAAAGACUGUGCUGACUGCUGGGCUGGCAGGCCUUGUGCUCCACCUGGCUGGACAUCCACUGCCACACCAAGGUCAGGGCUGGGAAGUCCUCUUCCUGGCCUCAGCUCUUUACCCACUGUUCAAAAGCCUAGGCGUCCUGGGUCCGUCGGAGGUGGAGGUGUCAGACAUCUGCGAGGGGAGGAAGAUGAACGUGGCCCACGGCCUGGCCUGGUCCUUCUAUCUGGGCUACUUGCGAUUGGUGCUGCCACGUUUGGAGACUUCCAUCGAAUUAUUUCGUUCAGCCCAUCAAUUCAACGGUUCCUCUUGGGGUCACGGCUCCAAGAAGCUCCUGAUCCUCAUUCCUCUCAAUGCCAACAUCUCUCACAAGCUAGAAGACGAGGACAACUGCAUCACGUUUUACGACAACCUCCCAAACAACGAGAUUGACAGGGCAGGGGUCCGGGGCCGAGUCUACAAGCACAGCGUCUACAGAGUGGCGGGCGAGGAUGGGAAGGACCGUGAGUGUGUGGUGGAAUAUGCCACACCUUUGCUGACACUCUACAACAUGUCCCAGGAGAGCAGUGCUGGUUUUGGGGAGCCUGAGCGCAGGCACCAGGUGUUGAUCUUCUUCAGGACCCUGCAGAACAUCCUGGAGCAGUCGCUGGAGUGUCGUAACCGCUACACACUCAUCCUGAUCAAUGAUGUGCCUAAGGACGACCCUCACUUCCUGUCUAAGACCAUCCUCACACACCUGCAGCAGCAGGAGAAAGAGGAGUUCUGCCUCACGCCUUCUCCGAAACAGGAGAUGAUGAACCCAUUUGCAAACACUUCAGGCGUCCAGCCAAGUGAGUUGCACCCAGAGCCAAUGAGCGGGGAGCCCACAAUCAUGAUCAGCCUCAACGACAAGCCUCAACCCCUGAGGGAACCUAUUGAAAACAGCGAUUAUUAACAUGGACUAACAUAAACACAUUCUCAGAUACACAAAGUCAGAGGAACAUAAACACACAUGCACGCACGCACACCCACUAUCAUAUUCUAUU